AUGACUAUAGAUCCGGUUCUCCCACCGCCCUCAUCGCGGGUCCGAGCAGUUUGGGCGGCGGGAGAAGAGGUAGCGGCCAGACAGCCCAGAUUUGCAAAGAUGCUCCGCGCCGCGGCCCUUAGGCACCCUGCACGCGCCGGCCCCGCCGCCACGACGCCCAAGAGGAAGGUCAACUCCGCCGAGGGGGCGGCGAAGGAGGAGCCCAAGAGGAGAUCUGCGAGGUUGUCAGCUAAACCUGCUCCUGCGAAAGAGGAAACCAAGCCAAAAAAGGCGGUAGGAGAGGAUAAAUCUGCAGACAAAAAAGUACAAACAAAAGGGAAAAGGGGAGCAAAGGGAAAACAGGCUGAAGUGGCUAACCAAGAACCUAAGGAAGAUCUACCUGCGGAAAACGGGGAGUCUAAAAACGAGGAGAGUCCAGCCUCAGAUGAAGCAGGAGAUAAAGAAGCCAAGUCUGAUUAAUAUCAUAUAUCAUGUCUUAUCAGUGGUCCCUGUCUCCCUUCUUGUACAAUCCAGAGGAAUAUUUUUAUCAACUAUUUUGUAAAUGCAAGUUUUU